AUGGCGGCCGGGGCGGCCGCCCGACGGGACCCGCGGGUGCGCUGCUGCUCGCGGCGGGGCCUGGAGCAGGUGCUGGGGCUGUGCGCGCCCUUCCUGCGGGCGCUGGCACCGGGGCAGCCGGGCGGCAUCGCCGCGGACGACGUGCUGUGGAACUUCGAGGCAGCAGUACGAGAGAAUGUUACCGUUAAUGGGCAGCCCUGGGGGGAUACGUCAGCCAGCUCCGAACCGUGUGGUUCCUACAUCAAAAUUCUUGAAGACCAGUUUGAUGAACUUAUAGUAGAGACAUCAACAAAGCGUAAGCAGUGGCCUAAGAAGAUACUGGUACAUGCUAUCCAAACCAUGAAAGCAGAGCAAGAAAUGUUGAAGCUCUACCAGCCUGUGGUAACGCCAGAAGAGAUCAGGUCACUGCCUUCUCAAGAUGCUUACAUUACAGAUCUGAAGCAGGUGACAGAAACGGUGUCUGAACAGAUUGGCGAGGCAAUGAAGAAAAGCUUGCUUGUAUACUUUUGAAGCAAGCACAUCUUUAGGUUUGGAUUGCUGCCGUUAUAGCUGUAAAGAACUCACCCUCAGCUGGGAGUAAGGAAGAAUAACCUGUGGCAAUAGGAAGCACUUUUUCUUUAACGGAGAUUUUAGAACCUGCAACAUCUGAAAAAUACCUCCUGAAGACCUGCACAACUUCAUGUUGCACAUGACAUUUAUUACGUUAGCACCAGCUUAGACAUGAGCUGUGUUCCUGCGAUACUGAUUCAGCUCAGAGCUGGAAUUAGGCAGCACUGAAACUUGGCAUUCUGUUCGUGUGAGCUCUGAGUGCAGACCCUUGUGCUGUUAGGCUGCUAGCGCUGAGUUCCCCGCCUUCACCUGGACCGUCUCUGCGGACACUGCAGCUUUUGUGCCUGUCAGAAUCUAAUUAGCAUCUCGCUCAUUGUAGCCAUUACUUUUCCCAUGUAACUUGAGAUACUCAAUUUGUUCUUGCAGUCUCUCCCCGCGCUAAUAGAAAGAGCAGAAGGUUUUUCCCAAGCGCUAACUUGGCAACCAACCCUGGAACUCUGCAAGCUGCGGCAAGAAGUCUUUGCUGGUUGUAACGCAAAGGAGGAAGAUAACGUCCAAAGCUUCGUAUCACCGGGAGAGGUCACGCCAACAGACACUGACACCAGUAAAAAUCCCUACACUUUGUUCAAAAGGAAAAGAGCUGCAGAUUCACCACAGAGAAAAUACUACCCGCUUCGACGGAGGAAAAUUACUCUCAGCGCAUGAAUUUCUCAUUUUGUAUUUUCAGAUUGGAUACUCAGUUGCACUCUGGUUCGGUGUAUUCAGUCUUUUAUUUUUAAACCUUAUUCUACCCUCUAAUUCAGUGCUAUAUGUGGGAGCUUCCUUAAUUAUUUAGAUUUUGAUCCAUAUACGUAUUUUUCUUCUUACUGUUACGAUGGUGGUAUAUGAAAGCCUAUGCGUGCCAGUAACAUCUGGUAUCCUGCAAAUGUAUUUACUGAUUAACUCUCAUUUUUUUACCCUUUUAUUACAGAAGUUAGCUUGAAGUCCUUGUGCUUUUCAGAGCUGUGCAAAUGCUUUGUGUCUGUGGGCAGUCUUUUUGUAAACCACUAAGUGCUCAUACACAGCAGGCACAUCUCUGAAGAAGCUGGAGAACAUCUGGUUCUCCUAAUGAACCUUCAUUUAUAUUGAGUUUGGUGGCGAUUUAAUAAAUAAUUUAAGAAGAGUUUCAAACUGGAACAUACUAAAACCACCAAUUUUGGUAUGAUGCUUUAGUUUUCUGAAAAUCCACAGCAAAUCUAGAAUCAGUCCCUCCUAUUUCACCUUUCCUGAAUUUAGGUCAGCAAGGCUUAUGUAUCAUCACAUUGGUUUAAAUAUGGGACUUUAAUAAUUGUAUGUAUUUGCUUGCAGUGUGCUCUUCAGAGCAAGGAUUUGACCAUCUGCAUCUUUCCAUCUGAUAUUUCAGUUCAUGUAAUCCAUAUAAGCAGUUUGGGGGUUUCCUUGACAAUACUUCUACACAUUACAGGAUCUUGACUUGGGUCACGUAUGCAAUUGUGGCAUUUGACUAAACUUUAAAAAUCAGUAUAGGCUAACAGUAAAUGGUAUUAGGUUGAGCUAGCUUACUUUUUUUAAACACAUUAGUACCUAGGUAGUAUUAAAUUGAGCAUUAUGCCUUAACCAUCGAUAACUUUUUCUGGCUUAUGAGUGCAUGUGUUUACAGUAAAUACGUGUGUCUAGCAUGUAAUGUAUUUCCUCUCACGGUAAAUAGAGGGUUUUUAAGAAGCUUUGUUAGUGUAGUGUUGUGGGAAGACAGAUCCAGCUUGAGGUCUAAGAGACUGAAAAUUUUCAAGAAAACGUGUAACAGAUUUUAGCACCGUUUAUUUUGUAAAGGUGAGCAUCUGUGCUAAAACUUUGUAUAUUUAAUCAUAUGUAAAUAUAUUUCCCAUUGCUUUUGUAUAUACAAACUUGUUUUUAUACGAAGUAAAAGAAAUCAAUUAAGAAAGAUCAAA